AGGCGGGGAGGCGGGAAGGGGAGGCGCUCACGCGGGGGGCUGUCCGGGGCCGUGAGCGGUGGCACCGUGCCCACCUCUCUUCUUCCCCCCACUCGCGGGGGACUGGCGAGGGGCUUGAGGCGGGGGAUGCGUCGUGCCCGUCGCCGGGGGCGGCCCCUGAGGGCGAGGGCGCGGCUGAGAGGCGGGCGGGGCCGCGCGCGGGUCCGGGCACGCCUGGCGGAGGCCGGGGAGAGGCGGGCCCAGCCGGCUGCCGGCCGCAGCGGCUUCCUCCUCCCCGGCGGCCGCUGUCCUCCCCGCGGUGGCUGGGGGCAGGGCUGGGGCCGCCGCAGGGGAGCGCGGCGAGGGCUGAACCGCGUCUCUCUGUCUAGGUGCCCGAUGUGGAUCCCGCGCCCGGGCUUGGGGCAGCGCGGCGGCCCCUAGCUGAUGCUGAAGAGCCGGCCCGGGGCAGGCGGCGCCCCCGCAGCCGCCGAGGCCGUGUGCGCGCGCGGGGCGGCAAACAUGGACUCGGCGCGGCCUGCCGACGUCGCGGAGCAGGCAGCGGGGAUCACCGCGGGCGGAGACCUUUCGGCGGAGCGGGCCUCGGCCGGCCGCCCUCGGCGCCGGGAGGAGCAGCGGGACGAGGAUGGAAGCGACGCGGGAGGGGAGAGCGGCGGCUCUUCCUGGGAACAGAGCCUGAGCCCCGAGCUGCAGCAGGGAUACCGCAUCCUGCGCGAGUUCCUCCUGGAGAAACACCGGCCUCUGACAGCGCCGUUUUUAAAGCCGCUCGCGGAUCAGGAAUGCGUGAGGGAAGAAGGAGGAGCUGGCUCCCUCUCGGGUCAUAAUAGCAGUCACUCCGCUCAGCAGUCGCCAGCUGGAAUGUGGCUGCUGAAGAUGGAAGAGAAAUUUUCCAGCGGGCAGUACGCAGGGAUAGCUGAUUUCGUGGGUGACUUCCGGCAGAUGCUGGAGACAUGUUACCGGUUGCACGGAGUGGAUCACUGGCUGUCCAAGCAGGCCCAGAAGCUGGAGAUGAUGCUGGAACAGAAGCUGGCGCUGCUGUCGCGGCAUUUAAGGGAGAAAACAUCUAUAGCAGUAACGUCUAGAGGAUCCUACAGUCUAGAAGAUGAGAAAGGAACACCAUGCACUUCAACAAGACGUCGUUCCACACCUCGCAACUUAGUAGGCUUGUCAGCAGGCAUGUUUGAGUCUGUGAUGGUUCAGGUUCUAAGACAAGAGGAACAGCUGAGAGCAAAAGAAGAAAAGAGGAUGAGAGAGCAAGAAAGAAAAGAAGCAGAAGAAGCUAGUCAGAAGGAAAUAGAAGAAUGGGAAAAGUCACUUUUAGCUCAAGCAGCACCUGCAAGGAUGGAGACAAUGUGGGAGAUUCCAGCUAUUGGUCAUUUCCUUUGUUUAGCACAACAGAUUUUAAACUUACCUGAAAUAGUGUUCUAUGAAUUGGAACGUUGUCUUCUCAUGCCUCAAUGUAAUGCUUUUUUAUCUAAAAUAAUGACUUCUUUGUUAAGUCCUCCACAUCGCAGAUCUACGUUACAUCGCAGGCCAACUCUUUCUUACAGGGCUUGGGAAGCAGCACUCAGACAGAAAGUCCAACACUGGUAUAAUGUUGUAGGGCAGACUGACAAUCCUAAUAGCUCUGCAGAAAAACUUGGAUUGUGUCCACAGUUUUUUAAAGUCCUUGGAGAAGUUAAUCCCUUACAGGAAAAACCAUUUCAUGAACUACCGUUCUACCAAAAAGUGUGGCUACUAAAAGGUCUCUGUGAUUUUGUCUAUGAAACACAAAAGGAUGUUCAGGAUGCUGUUUUGGGUCAACCUAUCCAUGAAUGCAGAGAAGUAAUUCUUGGUUAUGACUACUUGGAGAAUGCAUACGUUCAUUUUCCACAGUUCUGUGGUGCAGAUGUUCGGAUUUACAAACAAAAACCUUUUCAGGCUCCUGAAUUCCCAUCUCCUCCCAUCAAAGUAAAAAAAGUGCCACGUACAAAGGUAGAGAAAGUAAAACAUGAAUAUGUAAGCAAAAGCAAUGGGGCUGUCAGCUCUGGCAGUAGAGGAGAGCUACUACCUCGUUCCAAGUCAGAAGUAGGGAAAAGUAUGGGUUGCAUUGCUAGCUGCCCAGAAAAAGAUACACAUUUAGAUAGCUUUAGUGUCACUACAGAGAUUAAGAUUAACUGUGAAAUGAAGACCUCAGGAGUCUGUGACAUUAAAAAAACUGGUUGUUAUAAAGAGAACUUCAGACAUUUGAUUGAUUCAGGAGAGAUUGUUGGCAUGGCUGAUCACUUUAGUUCAGGAGAAAGAAGGCUUGCAGAGAAUGGACAAGGUUGCGCGGAAAUGGCCAGAGUAAAAGUUGAGAUCAGCCCAUUCAAAGAAAACACACUGAAAGCUUGUCAAAUGCUUGUCAAUGGCACUCAUAUUGACAACCAAGACACAGACUACCGCAAAUCUACUAAAGAAAUAAUGCUGGAGAACUCACUUCGAAGUAAUAAUAAUAAACUAAUUAAGUUGCGAGCAAAGAAGAAGAAAAAGAAAAAAAAGAAAUUGAAGGAUAUUCUAAAUGAAAAUCUACAGAAAAAACUUGAUGAUUUGCAAAGAAGACGUGAGGUUCAUCUUCAUCCAUUCAAAUCUUACAAAUCUGAGAUCCAAAGCAAGUUGUUCAAAAAGAAAGCAAAACACAAGAAACACAAGUCUGACAGGAAGAAAAGUGUGGUAGGAAGAAAUCCAGAAGAGAUGACCAAAGCUAUCUGCUACAUGUUCUAAUGGUGUUUGCACUGAGCUCACGUUUGUCUAUUGAAUGAGAAACAAUGGAAAUGCCUCUUUUCCACUUUGACUUUUCUUGUCUCUUUAACAACUUGAUAUUUAGUCUAAUUUAUGCUGAAGUGGCAUGUUUUUUCCAUUCAGAUGGAGAGCGUAAGACAAUCUUCAGACAUUCCUCAUCUGUGGAUAAGAGGCAGUCCUAGGCAUGUUAUGAAGGGUCUUAUUUCAUUUGAUAUUCUUUUCUUCUUUCUCUCUCAAACUUUGGGCAGUUUCCUUCGUUAUUCUGACCUUGCUGGAGGAAAAUUUUCCUAGAUGAUUAAAUAUUAAGUGAUAGAGCUUAUCUUCCUAUGUUUCUGAAAUGUGCGUUAGUCCUAUGUGUACUAGGCUGAAAUGGAUAAGGAAGAAUUGGAUUGGAGGAAUGAACUCAUGCUUGUACCAUGCUACAGAAAUUGCUAUUCAAUAUUUUGUCACUUUUAAGGUUAAACAGUGUUCCUCAAAGUUCUUCUGAAAUUUUAUUUUUUCCUUGAAGAUAUCCUUUUGAAUUCACAAAAAACAUUGAUUUAAGUAUGAUCAUAGUAAUUGUUGCUCUUUACUAUGUUCAUUAAAAGUACAGUGUGUAGAACAGAUAAUCAGAAAUGGAAAAACGAGUAGCUUUACUCUAACAAGAUGCAUUUUUUUUCUGAUGGAUUUUUUAAGGCAACUACAUGUAACUUUGAAUCAAAAUUUAUGUUUCUAUAAACUUGAUUACCACUUUCCUAAUUUGAUGUAACAGUGGCCAACGGGUACCCAAAACGUAUUGUUCAUGAAUAUAGAUUGAUUGGGUAGUUUUUAGCUGAAAGCUUCAUACAAUCACAGAAUCAUAGGGGUUGGAAGGGACCUCUAGAGAUCAUUUAGUCCAGCUCACCUGCUAAAGAGGGUUCUCUGGAGUAGUUUGCACAGGAAAAUGUCCAGGAAUACUUCGAAUAUCUCCAGAGGAGGAAACUUCACAACACCUCUGGGUGGCUUUUUCCAGUGCUCCGUCUCCUUUAAAAGAAAUAAAGAUUUUCCUCAUGUUCAGAUGGAAUUUCCUCUUUUCUAGUUUGUGCCUAUUGCCCCUUGUCAAGUUGCUGGGCACCACUGAAAAGAACCGGACACCGUUGUCAUGACACUCACCCUUUAGAUAUUUGUAAGUUUGGAUAAGAUCCCCUCUUGGUCUUCUCCAGGCUGAACAGUCCCAGGUCUCUCAGCCGUUCCUCAUGAGAGUGAUACUCCCAGCCCCUAGUCAUCUUUACAGCCCUCCACUUGACUCUCAAGUAGUUCCCCAUCUUUCUUGAACUGGUGAGCGCAGACGUGGACACAGUAUUCCAGAUGUGACCUCUCUGGAAUAGAUUAGAGGGGAAGGGUCACCUCCUUUGACCUGCUGGCCACACUCUUUCAUGCACCCCAGGAUACCAUUGUCCUUCUUGGCAUCAUGGGCACACUGCUGGCUCAUGGUCAGGCAGGACACCUAGCUCCCUCUGUGCAGAUCUACUUUCCAGCAGCUCAGCCCUUAAACUGUACUGACAAUCUGUGCGGGUAUUCCUCCCCAGGUGCAGGAGUCUGAGCUUGCCCUUGUUGAGUCUCCUAAGUUUCCUCUGCAACCGACUCUCUGGCCUGUGCAGGUCUCGCUGAAUGGCAGCACAGCUUUCUGGUGUGUCAGCUACUCCUCAGAGCUUUGUAUCAUAAGCAAACUUGCUGAGGGUGCACUUUCCAUAACUACUGCGAGAAAAACUACUGGAAAAUACGGCCAUGUUGUAAGCAUUGCAAUAUAUAAGGAGCUUCUUUAUAAGUUAUGAAAAGAAAAAUGUAAUCACUUUAUUGAAUCUUUGCAAUGUGAUGGCUGUGUCAGUAUUUCUGAUAGAGUAGUACUGAAUGUGAUUGUAUAUGUAAUCAAGGUCUAAGCUUGAUCUAGAUCAGUGUUUAGUGCUCUGAAGUAAGACUUUCACUUUCCAACAUCUUUACAGUCAGAAGGCAUUAACGUUCUUCUGGGCUGCAUCAAUUUUUGUCUUGCUGUACAUACAGACUAGAUGUGAAAUGGCAUCUAAACAGUGAACAACCUCAUAUUUCAAGAUGAUGAAUUCUCAGUUGUUGACAAGAGAAUGACUUUCUUCCUUGACAGGGAACAGACUCCUUAGCAGAAUCUGUUGUGAUAGGACAAGAGGAAACAGUUUCAAACUAAAAGAGGGGAAAUUUAGAUUGGAUAUAAAGAUUUUUACUAUAAGGGUGGUGAGGCACUGGAACAGGUUGCCCAGAGAUGUGGGGGAUGCCCUGUCCGUGGAGACAUACACGAUUAGGCUGGAUGGGGCUCUGAACAACCCGAACUAACUGUAGAUAUUCCUGCUUAUUACAGGAGAGUUGGACUAAAUGAUUUUUUAAGGUCCCAUCCAACUCAAAUGAUUCAGUGAUUUUGUGAUUCUUGCCUUUCCUGUUCCCAUCCUUUCUUGUCUAGACAGAUUCCUGUAUUCUUCCUGGGCCACAUAUCCCUGCUUCAGUUACCUGUAUGUUUCCUUUUUAUCCCUCAGCUUGACCAGCAGAUUGUUUUUCAGCCACACUGAUUUCCCACCCUUCCUGCUUUAUUUCAUGCACUGCGGGAUCUACAGCUCUUGUGCUCUCAGACAGGCAUCGUAAAAGAGUUGUCAGCUCUGCUCUGUUCCUUUGUCCCUAAAGAGCUUCCCAGGCAAUCUUAUCCAAUAAUUCCUUAACCAGCUGGAAGUUAAUUUCUUUGAAACUCAGCGUCUUGAUUUAGCUCUUUACCAGACCCGUAUUCCCCAAGAUCACAAAUGCCACUAGGACAUUGUUGCUACAUCCCAGACCGCUGCCAGCCUUUACCUCUUUGAUGAGUUUGUCUGCAUUGGUGAGUACCAGAUCCAUAGCACUUCUCCUCUGAUUUGUCUAAUACCUGGAGCAGGAAGUUACCCUCAUUGGACUCCAGGAGUCUCUUGGAUUGCUUGUGGCCUGCCAGGUUGCUCUCCCAGCAGAUACUGGGUGGUGGAAACGUCCCAUAAGGAUGAGAGACUGUGAGCACAAAGCCUCUUGUAGCUAAGCAAGAAAGCUUUGUCGGCAAGCUGCCCUAGGGUCUGUAGUAGACCCUACCACCAGAUGUCCUUUAUUGGUCUUGUCCUUAAUUUUUACCCACAAGCUCUUACCGCAUUCAUGACUAUUUCUCAGAGGUAGCUCUUCGCAAUCUAUCAUUUUGUUAACAUAUAGGGCAACUCCCCUGCCCCUCCUUCCCUGCCUAUCUCUUCUAAAAAGCUUGUAUCCCUUUGAUCCCUUGUAUCCCUACAAGUAGUGUUCCAGUCGUGUAGUUCAUAGGAUGGCUUGUGUUGGAAGGGACCUUAAAGAUCAUCUGGUUCCAUCUACCCCACUGUGGGCAGGAUUGCCAAUCACCACAUUUCUGUAAUAGCAAUUAGGCCAUAGUUUUCUAAUUACAUGAUGGUUUCCAACUCCUCCUGCUUAUUUCCCAUGCGGUAUGCAUUGGUGUAGAGGCAUUUCACCUGGACUGUGGGCUGUGUUACCUUCCUGGAGGAGCCCUCUCUUAUGCCCUUGGGACAAAUCUGAGUUUUUUUUCCCUCCUGCUUCCUAAAGUGACAGAGUUCCCUGGCUCUUUUUUGUAACUCAGAGGUACUUUCCCCAUCAAAUCUAGUUUAAAGGUUUGCCAGUCAGUGCAGUCAGAUUGCUGCCUAUCUGGUCAGUUGUGUCCCAUCUAACAUCAGUGUGCCUGGUCUUUCCAAGAUGCAUCUAAUAGCACAGAAGCCGAAGCCCUGAGUGUGGCAGCAUUAAUGGAGCCAGUCAUUUACCUGUUAAGACAGUGAGGUACAUAAAGGAUUGUAGUGCAAGGCACAGUAUAAAAACACAGGGAUCCUGACUGUUUGCUUGGAACAUAGACUGGAUGAAACUGAAAACGUGCAGAGGAGUGAGAAAAAAGAAAAGAUGAGAGUCUGAUUGAAAUAACUGUAUGUGCCGGAAGCAGAGGUUGAAGUAAAUGUGAGUUCAAUCUCUUUUAAUUCAAUUUGUGUAGAAAGCCCCUUUAUAGCAUACAUCUGCUCUAACCAGAGUGAUUUCUUGAAAUGUUAUCCUUUAGAAGAACUUCAGUUUAAAUUUAGUACUCUGUACUUGUGCAUUAAAAUAUUCAUAGCAAUCUAUCCUCUUAAACUUUAUUUCACAGUAUAUUUUAUUUCUUUGAAGCAUCAUUAAGUUUUGUGUUCGAAGUCAACCUUUGCUUUAAUGUGAAGGAAUGAAUUUAACAGCCUGGCAGCUGUUCUGUAGUAUCUGAAAUGCUGACCUUGGGACUUUCGUUUUCACCCUUGUCUUCAGAAUAGCAAAGACUUUGUUGUAGGUGUCUAGGUUCUAUGCGUGGAACAGCCUGUUAACAAUGUUUAAAAUAGUAAGUGAAGUGUUAUAUGAAUACACGUAGUUUCGUUUCUUUUGCAAGUUACAACCGUGUACUCAAUGCAUCAAGCUGCAGUGCCAGUCAAGUUGAAUAAUGCUGGAAACAUGUACCCCUGUUGUGGGUUUACUCGCAUUGUUCUUUAAAUCACCAUAACUUGUUCAGACCUGCUUUGCUGUUGUAACUAUACAAAAGUAUUCUCUGUGCCAAUGUGGAAGAUUGAAAAGUCUGUAGUAAUGCUUCAUUUUCCAGAUAAUUGCAUAUGAUAUUUUCUAGAAGGAGAGCUGUUGGAAUCAAGAUUGAACAUUAGGAGAAUAAUGUAAAGUCAGGACAUGCUCAGUUGUUGCCAAACCUUUUAAAGGUGUGAAAAUGUAUCUUAAACAUUUGUGAAGAGGAAAACUCUCGCCAGUUUUUCCAUUUGAGAACAGUAGAGAUGCAUAUAAAAUGUGAUGAGCAGGCAGGAAUUUUUGCAUUUGGACUUUAUUUUAUCAUGGUGAGUAUUGGUGAUGUAGAGUAAAAUACCACCUUUUUCCCCCUGAGGGGGAUUGCUGCAAAAAUUGCAUUACUGCUCUCUGACGAUGUCACUUUGUCAUUUGCAGCACUGAUUGGUGUCUUCAAACAGGAGCCACAAGAUCUCAAAUGUUUAUAACAAGAAGUUCUACUAGAUCUUUAGAUAUGUUCCUAUUUUCAAGUAAAAAUGUUUUGUAACGCUAACUAAUAAAUGGCUUGUAUUACUCUUGCUGAGGUGAUUUAAGAAUGUCAAGAGCAUUCCUAAGAAUUUUCUUAGCGCUUUUGGAGGAGCUGUUAGCUAAUAAAAUGUUGAUUUCCAGUAAAUCUUAGAACAGAAGUAUUCAAACAGCAUUGUUGUUUAAAAUGAAUAAAUGUUGAAAGAUCUGUGAAUGUGAGCUUUUUUAACUUUUUCUUUUUCACUCCUAGCAAUCGCUUUAACAAAUGGCUUGAUCACAAAUCAUAAGUGCAUAGAAUCACAGGAUAGUAGAGCUUGGAAGGCACCUAUGGGAGUCAUCUUCUCCAACCCCUUUACGCAAACAGGGCCACCUAGAGCAGCUGCAAGUAGUCACCUACACAGCAAAAAUAAAAUUCUACUGAUAUUCAGACAGAGCCACCUUUGUUUCCCUUUGUGCCCACUGCCUCUUGUCAUGUCUCUGGGAAUCAGUGAAAUGGACCUGGCUGUGUUUUCAUUGCAGCUGCCCUUCUGGUACUUAGAUACUUUGAUGAGAUCCCUUCUAUCCUUCUCCAGGCUGAGCAGUCUCAGGUCUCUCAAUCUGUUCUCUUAGAAAUGAUGCUCCAGUCCCUUCAUUGUUGUCAUGGCUCUUUUGUUGCACUCUGCUGUACCCUUGUCUGUCUUGUACUGGGGAACCACAGUGCUCCAGGUGUAGUGCCAUUAGCCCUGAAGAGAGGAGAAGGACCACCUCCCUUGACCUUACUGUCCAUACUUUGCCUAAUAUAGCCCAGGAUACCAUUAGCCUUGUUUGCUGCAAGGGCAUAUAGUUGGCUCAUGUUUGACUUGGUGUCCGCUGGGACACUCUGCUGCUUUCCAUUGAGGUAGCCCCCAGCGUGUUCUGGUGCUUGAUAUUGUUGCUAAUGAAGUGCAGGUAUUAGCACAUCCCCAUGCUGAACUUCCCUAUUUUCCUGUCAGCCCAUUUCUCCAUCCUGUCCAAGUCCCUCUGGAUAGCAGCACAACCCUCUGCCCUAUUAGCCAUUCCUCCCAGUUCUGUGUCAUCAGUGAAUUUACUGUGUGUACACUCCACCCCAUCAUCCAGAUUAUUAAUUAUGAUGCAGAACAGCAUUGCCCCAGAACUGACCUGCAGGGUGCACCACCAGUCAUUGGCCUCCACAUAGACUUCAUUCCACUAAUUACCACACUUCAAGCCUGGCCAUUUAGCCAGUUUUCAACCCACCUCCCUGUCUGCUCAUCCACUCCAUAAAUCAAUAUCUUGUCUGGGAGGAUCUUAUGGGAGGAAGUGUCAAAGUCCCUACAGAAGUUCUCUGCUCUUCCAACAUCAAGCAGGCUGGUCACUUCAUCAUGGAAGUUUAUCAUGCUGGUCAAGCAUGAUUUCUCCUUGGUGAGUCCCUGCUGACUAUGCAUGAGGAAAGAAAUGAUGAAGGAAAAUAAGCACCAAUCAGCACUUAAUUAUCAGUCAAAAAUAUAACAUUAUUCUGUGUUAGAAUUCAGGCUUGAAUGGGUGAUUAUUCAAGACAGAAUGAGUUCAUGGAAAUCAUAUUUCUUCUGCUUCUCUUCCUAUGAUGAUUCUUCACUGUUAAUUUAGAAUUAAAAAUUAAAACAGUAAUGUAAAAAUUAUUCAGUUUUUAAUAAUUUUAUUCAUUUAUUUUGGUUAGUUUUAUGUUUGUUAUAUACAUUGCUUCAAGCAGCAUUUCAGUCAUAGGAAGAACAUUCACCUCCCUUGAAAUCAACUUUUCUGAAAGCAGAGUUUAUUUCAUAUUCUUUUUAGUGCUUUCAGCUAUCUCUCUUACUGGCCUAUACUCGUACUCAAUACACAAGUUUUCUUCUUCAUCAUCCUUCAAAGACUAAACCAUGACUAGCAGGACAGGAGAGUAUCCAAGUUAAAUGUUACUUGUAUGUGCUUAAUACCUUUCUGGCCCCUUCUGCAGGUGAGUAGGGGCAUGCACUGUGGCAAAACCCAUAUUUUCCCUUCAUUCCUGCCACAAGAUGGAGUUUGUUUUCAUUCAAAAAGACAAACAAGGAGAUGAUAGCUGAAGUGUUACUCAACUGUACUGCCUUUUUUGCAGAUUGCAUGCAUUUUGACAAGAGGUUUGUGUCAGCAGGUGAAGUCAGAGAGUACACAAAUUAAGCUUUUCUGCUGUGAUGCUACCAGCUCUAGGUGAAGAUUUGUAUCAUGUUAUUGAUGAGAAAUACUAUCUAUAGUUUAAUUUAGGGUAACGUAUUGUAGUUUACUUGAAAAAAUAAGAUGAUUGUGUAUUUUCCCUGUGUUCUCUGGUAGAGAAUUAAAGGAGCACUUAUUUGUUGCACAGUCCUUCUGUGUUCACUGAACAUGGAAGGGCCCUUGCUUUAUAUGUCUGUAGUUUUUAUCUCUCUAACCUCAGGAAUGUCUUAACUCUAUCUGUAUUGGAAGUGGUAUAAAAAAGAGUUGGUCCUCUCUUGCAGUAUGGCAGGGAGAAAAGAGUUGAGAGUAGCUACUUUUAUCCAGUCUUAUAUCCACUUCCCCUCUGAACUGAAACCCCAGUGAGACGUGAAGCCUGUUGGAAGAGGCAUUGUGGAGACAUAAUUAGUAAUUGUGGCACGGUUAAAUCAUGUUAGUGGGUGAAUAAAAGCUUAUACAGGAAUAAUGUGGGCUGACAUUUGCUAGUUUUAUAAUACUUCUAUUGUAGCAAAGCAGAAUUUUUUUUAAUAUCGUUUUGGUAUGUAUAUAUUUGAAUACAAAUCAGUUUUCCUUGUUUAGUAAUAUCGUAUAAUCCUGAUAAAAGUUUUCUUUUUAAAGAAAUAUUAGCUUUAUUUGAAAUUAAACUUUAUAUAAAAAAUAAAAUUUUAAUCUUCAUUAGGAGUAUUGCCAUGUGGUGCUAACAAAAGUAAGAAGAAAAUAGUAUUUACUUAUUAAUCUUUAUAAAAUAUUUAUCAAAUACUUGUCCCAGUAAGUAUUUCUCUACUGUGCAAAAAAAGUAGUUGUUGUAGCUGUUGGACUGGGAGACCAUUGUUAACUCUUCAAGGUGGUAGAUGUAAUAGCAACAGCCUUUGUGAGGUUGCAACUACUGAGGAGAAGACCUCUUUAAUUGACCAUUAUUUUACAUGAACUUCUUGUUGUAGUUUGGGAAGCAAUUUAUUUGGAAGGGAAAGGAUUUUGAUAAUGUUUUUAUCAGUCUUAACAUGAUUGGAGAAGUGUGAAACUGGACAAAACAUUUUCUGAAUUAUCUUCCAUCUGUGCAUUGCACUCUAGCAUUGUUGAUUCCUAUGUGUUUGUUAUAACAUAAGUAUUCUCUACAAGACAGUCUUUUAAAAGAAGCACCGUGAUAGAAAAAUUUGUUGGAAGGAACCUCUGGAGGUCACAUAGUUUGGCUCCUUGUUUGAAGCAGUACUCUUAAAAAUGCCAGGUCCUGUCAUCUGUGACUUUGUCUAGCUAUUUCUGGAAGACCUCUAAAGAUAGAAGUCUAUUUAUUGAGCCACCCCAUCCCUCUGUGAGAUGUUUCUACUGAAAUGACUGGACAUUCACUGGCACAGGCUGCCCAGAGAUUGAGGAGUCUCCUCCUUGGAGACAUUCAGAAGAUGCCUGAACACGGACCUGGGCACCCUGCUCUCAUGUCUCUGCUUGAAAAGAACUUCAACCAGAUGGACACGGAAGUCCCUGCCAACUUCAGUCAUUCAGUGAUUCUAUGGUUAUUUCUUUAAGCUAUGUGUAGAAUUAUUGCUAAAUGGUUUCUAAAUCACAGCUAGUAAAAGCAGGAGACUGAGAGUUAGGAGAUAAGCAGGUCACAUUGGAUCAGUGUAGGUAACUUAAUGAAACAAUGUGUAUCAAAUUCCUUAUUAGAUUAUUUUUUCCUUUAUUUCUCAGAUUUGUUUUUCUAGCUCUGAUUGCUUUCAGCAGUUAAAUAUGUUUGUACAUGGAGCAUACUCUGAAGGGUACAGUGUGCUAUGAUUCAAAAUACAUUUAACCUCUCUCAGUAACAUUACUUCAUUUUUUGAAGUAAGUAAUUCAAACUAUUUUAGACAGUCUCUUUAGCUAGGAUCAUGGGCAAAGGAGCUCUAGCAGGUGUCACUGGAGUAGUCCGAGAAAUUACUAUUCACAGUAGUUAUCUGUUCAACCCUUUACUUUUACUGUCCACACAGAAUCUAUGCCCACCUCAGCCUGGCAGCUUAAGACAAGCGACUAUGCUCUGUGGUGGCAUGACUUCAGUAUUAGCAUGACCAUUUUCAUAUGAGACAGGGCCAGUAUGAAGCAGCUGGUAGAGACAGACAUAUCUUAUCAUCACUGUUGUUUUUGCAGAACUUACUUGCUCAUCAAUCUAUACUUUCAGAUUAUGUGGAUUUAUGCUGUGGAAAACUAAUUUUUCAUGAUUUUAUUAGACGAUAUUCACGCUUCAAAAUAUUCAAAUUCACUUACUUUUAGGUACCAAAGUUAGUCUGGGCAAAGGACACAAGUGCAUAAGUGCAGCUGCAUUGUCUCAGGAAGUACUAAAUAAAAGUUCCUUAAAAUACUUAUUUUAUCAUGUGUUUUGUUUUUUUUUCUUGAAAAGCUAUUACAGCAAAAAUUUCCUUUGUGACUUGGUGACUGAGGAAUGUUUUUUUUUGGAAGACCAGAGAUUACUUUUUUUUUUUUUUUUUUUAAAAAAGUGAAUAUUAUUACUGCUGCAAUAGCUUCUUUCUUUCAAAUUUGAAGUUGUUAUUUGAUAAGGAUGUUAUUAAAGUAGACUUUCCCAAUGUUAGUUUGUUAUAUCUAAUAAUUCUCUUUCAUAGUGCAAAUAUUUGUUCUAUUUUCUUUUUUGGGGUUGGCACCAUAGGACGUCUGGUAUGUAUAGUCUCCAAGUGGUAAAGACACUAUGGUGCUGCACAGUACAAAUAUGUUAUUAAUUCACAGAGUAUGUCAGCAUGUUUAAUAAUUGUGAGUCUUAUGUACAUAUAUUUUAUUAGGCACACUUUGAUAACCCAUUUGCCAGACUUUUCUUUCUUUAGCAAAAAGAAAGAAAAUGAAAUUUUUUAACCUUGAUUCAGAUUCCAUUACAGGUAAGGGCUCAUCUUCAAUGUAUUUCUAACCAAAUUUUCUAUUCUUGCUUUAUUUGCUACUCCAGGCUUUUCCAUUUCGAAUGUGUUUCUGCAAUAAGAAAUACUUACUUGCUCUAUUGGUAUUUAAUUACAAAUCUUCAUAAUUAUUUUUCCCUUUUUUCAGAAGUCAGUAGUGGUGCAAAGAGAGAAUAUAUUUCUGUUAUCUCUUGCUUUUUCAAAGUACAUUGCAUCAUGCAAUACCCAAUGCUGAAAAUGUUUGAGUAAAUAUUCAAUUAAAAAUGAUAUGUUGAAAAUAUUCAAAACUAAUUUUUCUUUUUAACAAUUCAGAACUGUCUUUCUAUAAAGAAGGGUAAUGUAAGUGGUCUGGCAGCCUCAUGUUUUUAUCUUUUCAUGCUCUUGCCAGAUAACAUUCUUUUACAGCAUUAAGUAACCACCAUAUGUCCAGGCAUCUUUUUCAGUCAGUUUGUCAAGAAAACUUGAAUUAGAUGUCUGCUUUAAUUCAUUUAAUGAACAGCUCUUUUUUUAAUCAUACAAAAUAUGUUUUCAGUGCGUCUGAAUCCUUAUAAUAUGUACUAAAAAUGUUGAUAUUUUGGAUUUUUUUCAUUUUUUUCAUGUUGUCAAAACGUGUAGGUCAUUGUUUUAAUAAAGAUGCAUCUAUA